CAGCUUAGCACAGCUGAGUCGGACAGCAUCAAUACUGCAUGCAUUCUCCCUUCAGGAGGGUCAGGAUCCCGGACUGACUGCUAAGGGUAAACUCCUGAGAAGCGGAUGAAGAAACUCCUCCUGCUUCGGUUCACAUACAGAGGACUUGUCAGAAAAGGGAAAAAGAGCAAAAGAAGAAAAUGGCAAAUUUUAAUUUGCGGAAGGCCCAACCAAAUGAUGUACCAGACAUAUUACGACUCAUAAAGGAACUUGCUAAAUACGAGGAGAUGGAGGAGAAAGUAAUUUUGACAGAGAAAGAUUUGCUGGAGGACGGAUUCGGAGAUCACCCAUUCUAUCACUGUAUCGUAGCGGAAGUGGCAGGAGAACAACAGAAGAGGGAGAAUCAUGCAGUGAUUGGGUUUGCCAUGUACUACUUCACUUAUGAUCCUUGGAUUGGAAAAUUGCUCUAUCUGGAGGACUUCUUUGUGAUGGAAGACUACAGGGGAUUUGGAAUUGGGUCUCAAAUCCUGAAGCAUCUCAGUCAUACUGCUGUGAAGACGCGCUGCAGCAGCAUGCAUUUCAUCGUGGCGGAGUCCAACAAGCCGUCCAUCGAGUUCUACAAGCGCCGCGGGGCGUCCGACCUGUCUCUGGAGGAGGGCUGGCGUCUGUUCAAGAUCGACAAGAAGCACCUCCUCAAGAUGACCGCAGAAGAGUGAGCUGGCCCCGCAUGUGGCCGGUCCUGAACGCAAGAGAACUGUUGUUGGAUUUAUUGUUGUGAUUAUUAUUAUUUUUCAUUGUCCUGCUUUUGCGAUGAAAUCUGGAUCAGGUCAUGCCUAGAUUCAGUAACCAUCCUCUGUCGUGCUUUUAUUUGCCAUAGAAUAGGAAUUAAUUUUAUAGUUGCUUUUAAGAUAUUUUAAAUUCUCCUUAGAUACUUUAUCACACAACAUACCUACCGAUGUGCUCUAGGAAGGGAGUUUUCAUAUAGUGCAUUGUACUAGAAAUAUGAUCAUUAGGUUGCGAAUAAAAAAAGCCUAAAACUGG